AGAAAGAAAAAAUGAGAUUAGUUGAAUGGUCUGUGUCAUAUAAGCUCAUGUUUCCUUCUCCACAGACGUAAGACCUCCAUAGACAGAUAGAAGCAGAGCUGUAACCAAAAUGAGAGAAUAGAAAAGGUAAUACUCCGACAGGCACCCCUUCGUAGAUAAUUUACAAAAGCAAGGGUUGUAAAAGAGACGCGUAGCCGACAGCUUUGACAGCGACAUAAAAGUAACCAAAACCCAUCGACGAAGAAAACCAAAGGAAAGGAGAGAAAAAGCUGAAAUGCAAAUGCUAUAACACUAAUAAGAACAACCUCAAUUCCUUCUGUGUUUUUCUCGUUUUCCUUUACAAGAUUCAACAAUGGAGGGUUGUUCUGUUGCCAAUUCCUCUUCUUCUUCGGCUUCUUUGGGUUCGGUACGCGGUGGUGGCAGCAGCACUAGCGGCGGCGGCGGUAAUGAUGAUAAUUCAAGAAGAUAUGGGAUUAAUAUAGCUGCAUCCAAUUUGAUACAUGCUCCAUUGACGACACUUUUGGAAUACUCUGGUAUUCUAGGAGGAGGUGGUAGAGGAGGAAGCUUCGCAGCCGUUUCUUCUCAAGAACGGGAACCGUUGAUUCUUCCUUCUCCUCCUCCGUCUGCUGCACGGUCGAGCAAUGGUGGUCACCAAGUUACAAUUAGGAUAAUUGGUGCUUCGGAAUCUAAUACUGCAGCUUCUGUUGAGGCUUUACCUUCGUCGGAUGAUCAACAACCUGGUGGUGGAGCUAUCAUUUCUGAAACCCUAGUUGAUGAUGGCAUCGCGGACGACCCUUCUUCUUCUUCUUCCUCUUCUUCUUCUCCCUCGUCUUCUUCUUCAUCAUCGUCGUCGUCUUCUUCCUCUGCUCCUGCUUCUUCAUCUUCUUCUUCUUCUUACCAGAGAUAUGAUAUUCAGAAUUUCGCUAGGUGGAUUGAGCAAAUUCUUCCAUUCUCUUUACUGCUGUUUCUUGUUUUCAUUCGCCAACAUUUGCAAGGAUUUUGUGUUGCAUUGUGGAUUGCUGCAGUAUUGUUCAAAUCAAAUGAUAUUCUGCGGAAGCAGACAGCACUGAAGGGGGAGAGAAAGAAGUCUGUUCUUGUAGCCAUAACUGUUGGGUUUAUGCUUCAUGUGAUGUCAAUUUAUUGGUGGUAUAGAAACGAUGAUCUUCUAUACCCAUUGGUAUUACUGCCUCCGAGCACAAUUCCUCCUUUCUGGCAUGCACUGUUUAUCAUUGUGGUGAAUGAUGCUAUGGUGCGGCAGUUAGCAAUGGCCUUCAAAUGUAUACUUUUGAUGUAUUACAAGAAUAGCAAAGGGCACAACUACCGUAAGCAGGGUCAAAUUCUAACUCUUGUUGAGUACUUUUUGUUGCUCUACCGUGCCUUGUUGCCAGCACCUGUCUGGUAUAGGUUUUUCUUAAACAAAGAAUAUGGAAGCUUUUUCUCUUCAUUAAUUACGGGAUUGUAUUUAACCUUCAAGUUUACAUCAGUGUUGGGGAAGGUUCAGUUGUUCUUUACUGCAUUGAGGGCUUUAUCACGUAAAGAAAUGCACUAUGGUUUUUAUGCCACAGCUGAACAAGUCAAUGCGGCAGGGGAUCUCUGUGCCAUUUGCCAGGAAAAGAUGCAUGCACCCAUUUCACUGCGCUGUAAGCACAUAUUCUGUGAAGAUUGUGUAUCAGAAUGGUUUGACCGAGAAAGGACAUGCCCAUUGUGCAGGGCAUUGGUUAAACCAGCAGAUAUCAGAUCAUACAGUGAUGGUUCAACCAGUUUGUUUUUCCAGUUAUUCUAAAGAGCUGCUGGUCGCCAUGAACACAGCCAUUGUACUUCCAAAUGAAAAGUCAUUUUGCUUUCCAGGUGGUUCACAUUUUCUUACCCUCAUGUGUAGAUUCAUAUGAUAUCUGUAACCAGACUGACAGUUGAGUCAAUAUAGAGGUGGAAAUAUAUGCCUAAUUGCCUAUAUAAAAUAGUAUUAUUUGUCGCCCCA